CCUUCGUCCAUCGUGAGAGAAGAGGGGGGCAUCAAUAUAAACACUGCAGAGCAAGGGUUUUUGUUUUUUCGUGGUCUCAGCUAUGGAGGUGUCGUCAAUAACGCCAUCGUCGCUCGUCGGAUCCUCAGGCGCUACCACAGAUUUGGGGGGAGUGAGCCUCCGGCCUGGCGGCGGCCGAGGGUUUCCGAGGUUUGGGACCAGCAACGGUGCCCCCGGCGAUGCAACUGGAGGAUUCUUGGGGCCGGGAGGGAGGACGCCCUCCGGAUUCGUCUUCCGACCCGCUCCAGCCAAGGAGUCGAGGAAGGCCGAUUGGGAAAAGCUGCGGUACACAAGGGAGGAUUUAUUGCAGUAUCAAGAGAUCUGUCGCGAUGCUACAUCGGAGAUUUUGAGCUUGGUCGCUGAGGUGAAUUCCAGCUUGAGCGAGGAACAAGAAUGGAGCCGUCUGGACACAAUGCCCCAGAGACCGGUGGAAACUGAUAAAAGAGAUUGGCGUACACGCAGUACCUCGGAAGACAAGGUGUCGCCUGUGGAUUACUCCAAAGAGAGAGCGUCGAGCCAGUUCAAUGCGCGACAGCCACCUCCGAACGACCGGCAGGCAGCUCCUCCAAUAGUGAAGGCAGCUAAUCCUUGGGUCCGGAGGGGAUCACAGUCUGAGGAGGAGCGGGUGUUUAGAACGGUCAAGGGAAUAUUGAACAAGUUGACACCUGAAAAGUAUGACGUGUUGCUGGAACAAUUGUUGCAAGCUGGCAUUGAUACUGCUGAGAAGCUCAAGGGAGUUAUCUCGUUAAUCUUCGACAAGGCUGUUGCAGAGCCGACAUUCUGUCCCAUGUAUUCACAACUAUGUGUACAUUUGAGCACUACCUUGCAAGAAUUUCCUUCUUCCGAGCCGGGAGAGAAGCCUACGACCUUUCGUCGGAUUCUGCUGAACACUUGCCAGGAAGAAUUUGAAGGCGCCGCUGCAUUACGUGCUGAAGUGAAAGAAAUGCGAUCGCCUGAGCAAGAACUUGAACGCAUGGACAAAGAAAGAAAGGUUAAACUACGCACACUUGGGAACAUUCGAUUUAUUGGCGAGCUUUUCAAGCAAAGGAUGAUCCCCGAGAAGAUCGUGCACGCUUGCAUUAUGGAGUUACUUGGACCGGAUCGGACUGCUAUUCCUGUUGAAGAAAAUAUCGAAGCACUUUGCCAGCUUUUUGCGACUGUUGGAAAGCAAGUCGAGGAAAACUUGAAGUCCCGAUCGUCGCUGGACGAAUAUUUCCGGAGAAUGAAAGAGUUGGGUAACAACAAGAACCUGCCUUCGAGAUUGCGGUUCAUGGUCCGCGACGUAUUGGAUCUGCGUAGCAACAAGUGGAUUCCAAGACGAGAAGAGAUAAAAGCAAAGACCAUAAACGAAAUUCACGCGGAAGCAGAGCAGAAACUCGGGAUACGUUCGAGAAACGGAAGGCCCGGGAGUGCCAUAAACAAGGAUCCAUCGUUCAUGCCAGCGGGUCGGUUGAUGCCUGGUGCACCCAUGCCCGGUGCUCCUGGAGCGCCUGGGGGGCCUCCUCGUUCAAUGGGAAUAGACCCCGAUGGUCCUUGGGAAAUGGCUGGACCCAAGAAGAGUAAGCAGCGAGAAGCGGCGGCAGCGGCGGCAGCGAUGUCCUAUCAGUCAGCAAACAUUCCCGGCCGCGUCCCGGGUAGACAACAAAGGGUGCUACCACAGGCAAGUUCGGUGUUCUUGGGGAAGUCUAGUCCGCUGCUCGGGACCGGGGGUCCAACGGCCGAAGCGCCACCAGCGGCUCCAAAGCCAGCUCCGGCUCCAGCUCCGACUCCAGCUCCAACUCCUCCGGUUAUCAGUGAAGAGCGAGCCGCGACGCCAUCUCCAUCAUCGGGCAUACUGAACAAGAAGUCUGAGUCGCUACUGGAGGAGUACUUCAGCAUCAUGGACUUGACCGAGGCAACGCUGUGCAUCCAGGAGAUGAAGUCUCCGGACUAUCAUCCACAGUUCGUCCAGGUUGCCGUGACACUGGCGCUGGAGAAGCGCGACAGGGAGCGCGAGCUCCUCUUCAAGCUCUUCAACCAUCUCCAUGCGCAGGGGGUGGUGACGGAGGCGCAGCUCGCGUCGGGGCUGAUGCUUCUAGCCGAGCAGCUGGACGAGACCGCCAUCGACAGUCCCAUGGCGCCCAAACAGAUUGGCCAGCUCGUUGCGGCGCUCGCGACGUCGCGAGCUUUGCAGCUGAAGAUCUUGCCGGGGAUUCUGGAGAAGGUCCAGGACGAGUAUGUCCGGCGCCAGGUGCUCGAGGCGGUGCUCAAGGAUCUAAAGUCCAGAGAUGGCGGUGACAAGGUGAUGGUCUCGGCCAGGAGCGAUUUGAAGAGCUGCGUCAAGCUCUUGAACGAAGAGGAGGAGGCGCUAAUGCAGACCCUACAGAGGGAAGGGAUAUCUAUCUAAGUUUAUGGGCGAGUGGAAAAUGUGGUGCACAGGUGAGUUUUGGUCUAUUUUUUAUCUUUAUAAUUUUCUUUUUUCUUUUUGGUUUUUCUUGCAAAAGGCAAAGUGUAGCUAUGUCUUUUGAACCGGUUUCCUUUUUUCUUUUCGCUUUGGAGAGAACAAAAAAAGAACAAAAGCGGAAUUUUCGUUUGAUAUAGUAAUACUAUACAUUAUUAUUAAGAAGUAAUUAGAUUGUAGAGUCCUAAUGCAGAAUUAUUUUAAUUAAUUUUUAUUAAAA